UUCUUCAUCACUUUUUAUGCUCCAAUCUUCUUUUUCUCUUGCAGAGACUGAAAACUGAGGGACAUGGGUUUCGGAUUUCAUAACUAUUUCUCUUCUGUUACGGUUCUAGUUUUGAUUUCGUCAUGUCUUCACCAUAUUGCUGCGAAAUCACAUGUUAGACACAGAAGCAGAUUAGGCUGUAAUCUCUACCAAGGGAGUUGGGUAAAUGAUUCAGCUCCUCUCUAUGACAUUGCGAGUUGUCCUUUCAUCGACAAGAUGUUCGAUUGCCAGAAGCGGACGGAUAAAGGCUAUCUCAAUUACAGAUGGGAACCCAGUUCCUGUGAUUUGCCAAGGUUUAAUGGAGAGGAUUUCUUGAGGAGGUUUCAAGGAAAGAAGAUCUUGUUUGUGGGAGACUCACUGAGCAACAAUCAGUGGCAAUCUUUGAUAUGCUUGCUUCACUCCUCAGUCCCCCAGGCAAAAUAUAACUUGGAAAUGGAGGAUCCCUUUUCUACAUGUACAUUUCCGGAUUAUGGAUUGUCUUUGAUGUUCAAUCACAACAACCUCUUUGUCGACAUUGUUAAUGAAUCAGUUGGGCGGGUUUUAAAGCUUCAAUCCAUUACAAAUGGCGAUUCAUGGAAAAACGUGGAUGUGGUGAUCUUCAACACUUGGCAUUGGUGGUUCUACAAAGGAUUUUUACAACCGUUUGAUUAUAUUGAAGAUGAAGGCAAGAGAUAUAAUGACAUGGAUCGAAUGGUUGCUUAUGAGAAAGGGCUUAACACAUGGGCUAAAUGGGUAGACUCAAACAUCAACCCAGCCACAACCAAAAUCAUUUUCAGGGGAAUUACUUCCGUCCAUUAUGAUGGAAGGGACUGGAGCCAGCCCGGUCAGACCUGCAAUGGGAAAACACAACCUGUAAGUGGAUCGAGAUACCCAGGAGGUCCUCUUCCGGCGGGAGCUGUGGUGAAGAGAGUAUUGAGUAAGAUGUCAAAGCAUGUGGAAUUGCAGGAUGUGAUGACGCUAUCGCAGCUGAGGAUAGAUGGACAUCCAUCUAUUUAUGGGAUUAAUGGGGCGAAGGGAGUGGAUUGCACCCAUUGGUGUCUUGCUGGUGUUCCUGAUACUUGGAACCAACUUUUAUAUGCAUCUUUUGUUCUUAAACAGUGAUGGUAUAGAAUGAUAACCAUUGUUAACAUCCUUUGAUGGAAUAAAUUCUUCUGUUUUUUGUUGGUCUUCC